GGUUUCGCUGGGGUUAUGCUGACGGCUCCGGUCAGGGAAUUUCAACUUCGGAUGCGGCUGAGCUGAAGGCGGCAGCAUAACCUGUGACCAUGACGACUGAAGCUGGCCCAGAGACUGAAGUAAAGAAGGAAUCUGAGCAGCUAGGGGCAGAUGCAGCCAAGGAAACACACGAGGAAGCAACAGAGAGUCAGGAAAAUCAAAAGUCGGAAAAGGCACUCUCUGAAGAGGCACAAAGUUCUCCUUCUUCCCCAGCACUAGCUACCCAAAGCAGCCCAAGUAGUCAGAAGAAGGAAAAAGAUCCAUCUGAAGGCAAGGGAAUCUCUCGCUUUAUCCCCCCAUGGCUUAAGAAACAAAAAUCAUAUACCUUGGUGGAGCCCAAAGAUGAAGCCAAGAAAAAACCUGUAGAGGAAAGACCGGUAGUGGAGGAGAGGGAAAAUCAACUUCCAGAGGAUAUGGCUCAGCCAAAGGGGAACUUGGAAGAAGCAACAAUUGAGAGUCAACAGGAGGCUAAAGCAGAUGACAAGGAGGAGGAGGAGAAGCAUUCUAUGAGCAGUGCUGACACACAGCCUGCUAAAGAAGACACUAAAGAGAUUGAAGUAGAGAAAGUUGCCAAUGAGCAAGAAGAAAAACAAAAAGUAGAAGAAAAGAGGGAGUCCAAAGAGGUACAAACAACUGAAAUCAAAAUGGAGAAAGUGCCUCAGAAAGCUCCCAAGAAGAUUAAAACUGUGCCGUGCAAAGUGAUGCUCCUGGAUGGCACCGAAUACAGCUGUGACCUAGAGAAAAGAGCUAAAGGCCAGGUGCUAUUUGACAAGGUGUGCGAACAGCUCAAUUUACUGGAAAAGGACUAUUUUGGCCUGUUGCUUCGGGAUAACUCAGAUCAGAAGAACUGGUUAGAUUCUUCAAAGGAAAUCAAGAGGCAAAUUCGAAGUUUACCCUGGCUAUUCACCUUUAAUGUGAAGUUUUAUCCUCCUGAUCCUUCACAGUUGACUGAAGACAUUACCAGAUAUUUCCUAUGCCUACAGCUUCGUCAGGAUAUUGCUUCUGGCCGACUGCCAUGUUCUUUUGUGACUCAUGCCCUCCUUGGUUCAUAUACUCUGCAGGCCGAGCUAGGAGACUAUGAUUCAGAGGAGCACCAUAACCAUUACAUCAGCGAAUUCCAAUUUGCACCCAAUCAAACAAAAGAGAUGGAGGAGAAAGUAGUAGAACUGCACAAAACACACAGGGGCUUGACUCCAGCACAGGCAGAUUCUCAUUUCUUAGAAAACGCCAAGAGGCUUUCCAUGUAUGGAGUGGACUUGCAUCAUGCCAAGGAUUCUGAAGGUGUGGACAUCAUGCUGGGUGUAUGUGCUAAUGGGCUACUCAUUUACAAGGAUAGACUCCGAAUCAACCGUUUUGCUUGGCCCAAAAUUUUGAAAAUCUCUUAUAAACGCAGUAACUUCUACAUCAAAGUCAGGCCAGCAGAGCUGGAACAGUUUGAAAGCACCAUUGGGUUCAAAUUGCCAAACCAUCGGGCUGCUAAAAGGUUAUGGAAGGUUUGUGUGGAGCACCAUACUUUCUACAGACUUGUAUCACCAGAACAGCCUCCUAAGGCAAAAUUUCUGACCUUGGGUUCCAAGUUCCGCUACAGUGGCCGUACUCAAUCACAGACACGGCAGGCUAGCAACCUUAUAGACAGACCAGCUCCAUACUUUGAGCGCACCUCAAGCAAACGUGUCUCCAGGAGUCUUGAUGGGGCUCCUGUGGGUAUCACAGACCAAAGUCUGCUAAGGGAUUUUUCUGCUACCACAGUGGGACCUGCUGGUGUUAUGGUCUUUGACGGUGAAGCUGUUGGCCAGACCAAGUUAAAAAACGGCGAAGGUAGAGAUGAGGAUGGAAGCCCAACUAAAAUUCCCCAACUGGAAUUAACCCAAGAUGAAAAGUCCCUUCACAUGUAUCCACCAUCACCACCCCUUCACUGUGUUUCAUCCUGUCCCACAAACCUGCCAACUAUCCCUGAGAUGGACAUGCUUUUGGACAUUUCAGAGGAAGAUCCCUUUCAGGAAUAUGUCCAUAGCCUCUCAGACUGCUGGGAAUGCAGUCUCAUGAGAGUAAUACCAACUCACAGUGGAAAUGAAGAGACCUUGCCUAAUAAUAUCUUGCAGUCUAUGAGACCCCCAGUUAGUCACCAUUCUUCUCCUGCAAUGGAGGGAAAGCCCCAUAAAAUAGUUGACUACAAAGAUACUGAGUUUAGUUUUUCAUUAAGCUUUAGCAAACUCUUUGCUUCUAAUUUUCUUUCACUGCUUGAUGAGGACGGUUACAUCAGUUUUCCUAGCCUCCCUGAGGUUUGCAUCUCCUACCUCCCACCUGGUCUUCAACACUAUGUUCCUAUCACCUCUCCCUCAUUCAUUCCCUCUUUUCUCCUUAUAUUUGUGCUGCUUCUCUCUGCUUUUCAGUCUGUUCCUUUCUCACUCACAUUUUCCCUUCCUCUCGCUCUGUCCCUCUGCUACCUGGAGCCUAAGGCGACUUCAUUGAGCGCCUCUUAUGACAAUGACCUGAAUGACAAAGCAGAGGAAGAGGAGGUGGAGGAAGACCAAAGUGGCUUAAUAAUUUCAGCAGCGUCUGUGGCCGAAACAAUAAAGGUGGAAACCGGAGAGGAGGAAACGCAGCAGCAGGACCUGGAUAAGACCCAGGACGACUUACUGAAACAUCAGGCUAGCAUUAGUGAACUCAAGCGCAAUUUCAUGGAAUCCACACCUGAGCCACGCCCCAAUGAAUGGGAAAAGCGGCGUAUCACACCUCUGUCUCUACAGACACAAGGGAAAAAAGGAGACCACAUUUUCCAAAGGAAAAAACCUCCUGUGAAGGAGAAGCAAUGGACUGCAGUGACAUGGAUUACUGAGGCAAAAACAGAAGAAACUAUCCAGAGCCUAGAAGAGGAAAUAACGUCAAUUUUAUUUAGUAAAGAGGGCUUUUCCACUAGCAUGAAAUCUACCUUCACUUCAUCCACCGCAUGGACAGCAGAGGGCACUGUUGUGAAAGAUAAUGUACCUUCUGAAAUGCUUUCUGCCUCACCCUUCUUACAACUGCCUGAGAAACUUCCUUCCAGAGCAGAACGGCCUUGCACUGGAGCCAGCGAUGCUGAUAAGAGUUCACAUGAGACUCUGAACGUAGUGGAAGAGAAGAAACAGGCAGAGGUGGGGAUAGAAGAGACUGUAGUCAUAGACGAAAUCAACAGAGGGAAAAUGCAAGCUGUCACUGAUGCUGGGGAGACCCGUAAGGUGGAACAUGUGUCAAAAAAGGACUCUUAUUCAUUGUCAUCAGAUAGCAGCAGCAGCAGUAGUGAGAGUGAGGAUGAAGUGGUGGGAGAGUAUCAGCCCCAUCACAGGGCGGCUGAGGACACCAUAAGAGAAGAACAAGAAGAAAAUGAAGAUGCCAAAAGAAUGGAGGAGUGUGCAACAAAAAUAAUACAGAGUGUGGAACCUGUACAAGAAGGCAGUAAAGUAACAGUUGAGCACACGCAAGUUACAGCAAAGGCUUUGGCCCAGGAAAAUGCAGUUGCCAUUAAAACUGCAGAGACGAAUGUAAUGGAAGAGGGGAAGCAAGACCUGAGAGCAGAAGAUGAGGAAGAACAGCUCAGAAUAAACGGAGAUGUGUCUCAUGUUGACAUUGAUGUUGUGCCAAAAAUAAUUUGUUGUUCUGAGCCUCCGGUAGUAAAGACCGAGAUGGUGACCAUUUCAGAUGCCACACAGAGAACAGAAAUCUCCACCAAGGAAGUCCCAAUUGUUCAAACAGAGACCAAAACUAUCACAUAUGAAUCUCCACAGUUUGAUGGCAGCGCAGGUGGUGAUGCUGGUGUGCUGUUGAGUGCACAGACUAUAACGUCUGAAUCAGUUUCUACAACUACAACCACACACAUCACUAAGACAGUAAAAGGUGGAGUAUCAGAAACAAGGAUUGAGAAGCGCAUUGUCAUCACUGGAGAUGCAGAUAUUGACCAUGACCAGGCACUGGCACAGGCAAUCAAAGAAGCCAAAGAGCAGCAUCCUGACAUGUCUGUCACGAGGGUAGUGGUGCAUAAAGAAACUGAACUUGCUGAGGAAGGGGAGGAGUAAGGUCAAG